AUUAUGGAAAGUACAACAAGCGCUAGUAAACAACAGUAAAACGCAUUCAAAGCGUGCCUCAAUUGGACAGUGCGAUAAUAAAGCUGGCUGAGCGGACAACAAAGUUUCUCUUGUUAAACUACUGCACCAAAGUACAUGUACAUGCAGUACUUUGCUCUGUCAACAACUACGCAAAAUGCCAAACAACUGAUUUGCUAAUAAUAUGCGUGGAAUUGAGGGCAAAGUUGUUGUGCUUGGCUCGCGAGGCGUGGGCAAAUCACGUUUAGUCAUCAAAUACAUUAAGAACGCUCUCCAUCGCAGCGAGGAGCCGACGAUAGCCGUCUCCUUUUUCACCUGCAACAUCAUCCUGGAGAAUGUCAAAAUUAAACUACAAAUCUGGGAUACGGCCGGACAGGAGCGUUUCAGAGCCGUUGCACCCAUGUAUUAUCGGAAUGCGAACGCAGCCAUUUUGGUAUUUGAUAUGACACAAUAUAAGACAUUCACCGAAAUUAAAUCAUGGAUACAGGAGCUGCAUCGCAAUGUUCAAGAUCCAAUGAUACUGACGCUCGUCGGCAACAAAAUGGAUAUGCAAUCCCAGCGUGCCGUCUCACGUGAUGAGGCUUAUCUAUUCGCCAGCUCUAUUGGCGCCACCUACUUUGAGACAUCCACCGAAACGGACCAGGGACUGGAGCAGGUCUUUCUGUCGACGGCGAUGGGACUGGUGCGGCUGGCCGAUGAGGGCAAGAGUCAUUCGUUGCGCUCCUUCGAGUCGAGCGAUUCGCUGGCGUACACCAACAGCAACACUGCCUUCAGCUACACAGCCGCUGCCCUCGCACGUAAUCCGGACAGUGCGGCGUUCCGGCUGCCCUAUGUGCACAUUGGCAUACCGGUGGACGGGCAGGAUGUGAAGGCGACGGGCGAGGGUCGUCUGGAGACGCCCUCGUGGGCCAUCGAGCACAUUGCCCUCGGGGAGGUGGAGAAGCCGCGCUGGUGCUGCUACUAAAUGGAACAAGGAACGGGGAAAGAACAGGGAAAUGCAGCAGAGAUUCUGUUAACUGUUUUCUAAACCAAUGUGAUGCUAAUUAAACAGGUUUACUCUUUAGUUAUGCGCUCCUGCACUCGAAUCUAAAUCAAAUCCAAAUACAAGACCACUCCAUAAAAACAGUAAAUAUAAUAACAAACAAAACAACUGAUAGGAUAACAAGCACUGCAGCCUUGGGGCAGCUUGUUGUUGGCUUGACAAGGAGCCCGCAUUUAAUAGACACCCACACAAAUAAACACAGAAACACACUCUCCUCAAACUCGUGGCUGCUAAUUGUAAGCUAGUUUUAAGUUAACUAAUAAGUGUAACAAGCAAAUGCCUAAAUGUAUAUUAUUUAUAAAUAUUAACAAGCAACGGCAUUGCAUGAAGCUCACUUGACUUGAAUGCUUAAUCACAUACAUAUUAACAACACAAACAAUCAAACAAACAAACACACUCAAUUCAUGUACAAACUCGUACUUUAUACAACAAAUAUAUAUAAAUACUUAUAUAAACAAAUAUACAUAUACA